GUAGGGUACGCCGUGGCGCGCCUUCCCGGAGUCGCCCCCUGCGGCCCUCCUCCAUCGUCCCGUGCUCUCUGAACUCGCGCCUGCGAGCACUAAUGGGCACGGCAGCCUAAUCGUGCCGUGUCGUGCCAGCACGCCGUGCCGACCCCGCAGCCCAAGUACGCACUAGGCCAUCUCCAUAGUGCCGUGCCGGCACGAUGUCCCGGCGUGCCCAGCGUGCCCGUGCCGGCUCGAGCCCUACGCCAUGGAAGACGGCGAGGGUGGUUGAAGGCGAUGGCGUCGGCGUGGAGUUCGAUUCGCUGCGGCCGUGCUCGAUUCGCCGGCGGUGGGGCUCGAUUUGGCCCGUUGACUUGCUGGCCCCCGGCGGCCGCGGCCCCCGGCCAUGGCGCCCUCGGCGGCGGAGGCCGGCGCGGCUCCCGGCCGUGCCCCCCGGCGGCAGAAGCUGGCGCGGCCCCCGACCCUGGGACCAUCGGCGACGGAGGCCAGCGCGGCUCCCGGCCGUGGCCCCCGGCGGCGGAAGGCGGACCCAACGGCCGAUGAAGGCGGGCAGUGACAGAGUACGCCAACAAACGGCCGAAACGGUAUUUUGCCACGUCUGUCCACUGCAUACCGCCAUACCCCUCCGGCUGCUGCUUCCGAGUUUCGACAGAAGACUCGGGAGCCACGACGCGCCGCCGCCGCCGCCGCCGGAGAUCCAGUGACUACCUCCGCAUAAAAGAAGAUGCCUUCACUUCAGAAAGCUUUGCCUCCUGAACUUGCUGAUAAUGUGCUCAGGUUAUAUCGUGAAUGUUUAAGGAGGGCGAAGUUUAUUGGGCAUCAGAAACACAACACAGAGCUUUUAGUUACCAUGGUAAGGGAACAGUUCAAGAAAAACAUGCAUGAAACUGAUCCAGAAAAGAUACAGAAAAUGAAGGACGAUGCUGCAAGGGGCCUUAUCAAUCAUAUUCUGUAUGAGUCCGAAAAGAUAACUGGGCGCAAAUUUUCAGGAUAAGAAAGAAAGUUGAGACAAGACUUGCACCAUGCUUUAUGAAUAAUAAUAAGCUAGUUGUCGUGUCUGUUGAAUUAUUUCACCUCUCCGGUACAAGGACCUGCAAAUGUUUCCCUUUGAUUGUUGGGCACAUGAGUUAUUACAGCAAUGAAUUUUUAUUAGCCAUUAGUUUGACUAUGCCUUUUUUUAUUUAUUUUCCACCCCAUAAAUACUGAGUUCAGGAUGUUUCAGAUAAAUCUACCGUCCAGGAGAUGAAAAUCUUUGGUAAUUGAGAAUGGUCCAAUCUUUCCUAAAACAGAGAUGUGACUGAUACCCUAUCUUGCUGGUGAUGUAUUGGUGUCGACAGCUUGUAUAUGAUGACAGAUAAAACUGCAAAUGUAGGGUAUUUCAUUA